AUGAAGAAGCUACGCUGCGAGGGGAUCUUCACGCAUAGGGAAUACGAUGUGGUGACAGAUCAGCCCCCCUAUUAUAUCAUUUACAAGAAAAGCAGUGGAGGAGUGUACGAAGCAAGUGAACACUUCAAUGGACUGACUGCACUUAUUAAAGGGAGGAGAGAAAAUUAUAGAAAGAGCAAGGAAAAGGUGAUGAGGCACUUCCUGCACAAGGUGUAUCAGCACAGGGGAAGAAAAGCAUUUCACCCAGGGAGCACCACCAAGGAGAGACACAUCGUCCAGUUAAUGAAAAACGCCAACCCACUCUAUGUGCGUAGUGAUACCCUUGAGCAUACCUACAGAGGGUGCUCCUUCCCCCUCAGUCACUUCCCUAAGGGGGGGUUGCUGAAGGUGAACAAACAUUGCCUAUCCCACAAUUACGUUUUACUCGACUGGGAUGAUGAAAGCAGACUGGAGGGAGGACACCCCCAUCACCCCCACGAAGGGAAACCACUUGAAUGGAAAAGCAAGACCAGCAGUUUAAACAGGGAAAAGGAUCCACCACACGUAGGUGGAGAGGACAUUUGGGGGAUUAUCUACUUAUCUAGAGUGGACUUAUUAGAGACGAACUUUGAGGACCACUUGAAGGAGCUGUACCAUGAAAGGCUCAGAAGGAAAGACAAACGAGUGGCUGUUUUACUUUCCUUCCUUUUACAUCACAGGGUGGUGCGUAAUUUGUGCGUUAAAAGUAUGACAGUGAUGAAGGUAGAGAAGGGGGUGUCCUCAGGAGAGAAUCAUAGGCAGAAGGAUGAGUUGAAAAGGGGACUCACCAAAGAGGUGUUCACCGUGUCGUUGGAAAUGCAUGCACGGAACAAUAACUGCGUCGACCACUUGUCGUUCCUUCUGGAUAAAUUCCACUGUGAGGACGUUAAAGGUGGGACAUUUUUUACCAACUCCUUUUUGAAUAAGACAAUAUAUGCUCAUUCGAGGAGGCUCAAGGAGGAAGUGCGUUACGAGAACGUUACUUACGUGGAGGGGCUCAAAAGGGGAGUGUUUCUUCUGUCCUAUUUGUUUUCGCAGAUGGGGAGAGCAGACAGACUGAUAAAUAGCAACACAUCUUACGAAAAGGCCAGACGAAGUUACACCAUCGGGGUGGAGGACAGAGUUGUUUAUAUGCCCACCCUGUUUCGGGACCACCUCUAUUUAGCAAGUGAUUAUGUUAUGUAUAAGGAGGGCGCCAACCAGCUGGUAUGCCAAAGGAAGGUGGCUAACCUUAUCAUCGAGAAGGAGUUCAAGGGGGAAGGUAUGAAGCGUGACUGCAGGGUGACGGUGCGGGUGGUCUGCGAUGAGGCUGCUUGGGAUGCAUCCAUUCUACGCAACUGCAGCGCCAUUGUACUGGAUCUACACCCGAACGGCGUUGUGUUGGACAAGGAGAGACUGGCAAUCCCCCACAUGACUGCAUCCUUUGCAGACAUAGAAACUUACAAGAGUGUGUCCCCCCCCGCUGUGACGAAGUAUAGAGUGAGUUUAUCACAGGGGGGACCCUCAUCUGGCGGGUUCACACUGGGUGGGUUCGCUACAGAAACUCUGUCACCUGAGAAGGGACAGGGGGAUGCACCAAAUGUGGUGACUCUACCCACCACAGGGGAAGAUACAACAACGAAGGGGUCGUCCCACCAACAAUGCGCUGCCUUCUCCUUCGACGUACAGAUUGGUAGCAGGUAUUUUGCCCCCUGUGAUAAGGGAGAACAGCUAAAGAGGAGCAUCUCAAAAAAGGGAGUUCACUUCACGGGGGUAAAGACUCCCCCCACUUCUGGGGAUAACACCUGCACGGAUUACGAUGCCGUUAUGUUAUCCAACGCGAAGGUGUUCCUAAAGUGUACAGAUGGGGAGGAGAGUUCCACUACAAGUCACCAUAGGAGGAAUGCCACUCUGUAUGCAGAUGCUACACACGUUUAUUUUAACGGGGGGGAUGAUAUGCUAAGCGUCCACACGAGGGACUUUUUUCUCUUCCUGAGUGAGGUGUCCUUCGUGCAGGUGUUAUCCCCCCGAAGGGUGGAUCAUGCGGAACGGGGCAAUGCACAACAGGACAAUACACAACAGGACAAUGUACAACCGGGCAAUGCACAACCGAGCGGAGGUGGACCAAGUAGAAUCGGCCGCAAAAGAGAGGAGCCCCCCGAGACGUUAGCCACGUACUCCCUCGCCAGGACAAUAAACUCCGAAAGGAUUAUGAGCAAGAGGAUAAUUUACAAUGAGGUCCUCAAGGGGGAUCCACCUUGGCAACACGUGGCCGCAGCGAAUGAUGUAGAGAUGUUGAGAUGGCCCCCCCCGAAUGGAGAUGCCUCCGAGGGGGGGGCAGAUUACUACGUGGAUGUGGUUUACGUUUAUUCGGUGCCACGCGGGGCUGACAGUUACUUAUACGUGUUGUGCGUGUCGGCACUCACGUCGGUUGUAGUGGUCCUCUGCACGUUUGUUCUUGCGCGUAGUACAGGAUACCCUUGUGAUAAACUGACCCGUCAUGCAAUCAACCGAAGAGAGAUCCACGUGUUCUUCACCCACAACAGGAAGGAACAAGGCAACUUACUAAACAUUAAACGGUAUGGCCAAGGGAGAGACAAUUCGAAAGUGGUUCUUCUGGAUGUAGAAAAAUGUGAAGGAGAGAAAAUGAAAAAGAAGAUACACAAGUACCUCAUCGGAGGAGUGUUGCUCUCAUCGAUGUGCAUCUGUUUAAUUGAGUUCGACGUGGUGACAAGUUUGUAUGGUUACCUCCUCUCCUGUGGAUUGCUGGCGUUCUAUACGUUCCAGCUUUACUCAUGCAACUCAGUUAUAUUGAGGGCAGUGUUGGAUGUAAAGAACAGACACCUGCUCCUGUACCCCUUCACAUUCAUGACCACACAGGGGAUGAAAAAACAGAUCAUUGUGUCCCUCCACGAAAUUGGACCCAUUCGAACACGUGGGAACUUUAUUAGAAUCUAUUUUAAGGAGAAGAAUUUGCUCUCCUUUCUCGUUCAACAUAGGAUGCUUUCUCCGUUGCGUAUUCCGAGGUACCCAUGUGCCCAGACGAGUGAACCCGCCAAGGAGGACGUCGAUGUGCUGUACCACUACGACUACAACAAUUUGAACGUUUCGGCGUUUGGUCAGAGGGGUUCAGGAGAGCGCCCCGGAGUGGGCCACGCGUCCUCCAUCGGUGCUGCUUCCAUGGGUGCUGCUUCCAUCGGUGCUGCUUCCGUUGGGACUACCCAUGUUGGAACCCUCCCCCGGGUGCGUAAAAAUGCAGAGGGCUACCCACUAAACGUGAGGGAGGAGGCCAAGUUGCUUUCGCUGCUCCGUCCGGGGGGCAUGUAG